AUGAAGAGUGACUUUAACUCACAUUUUGCAUAUUUUGUAACAGAUUUAGAUUUAGAAAGGCUCGAAGGAGAUGCGUUAGGACAUACUAAGUUAGUUGCUCGUCUCCAUUUUAAAUCAAGUUUCCAAAAUGUAAGGAAAUCGCCGCUCGUAUAUUCCAAGAAUCGAGUCGUGGAGACUGCAGUGGACGCGCAGUACUUGCGGAUAUUGCAGUUUCUCGUCGAAGGGCGCUGCAGGUUGUGGAAGGGCAGGGUUUGUACUGUUUGA